CAAAAAAAUAAUCAAGCCCAAGUCAUCUUCUAAGUCGAUACUGUGUACUCCCACCGUGCACCUCGCACGCGCCGUGGACACACCCCAUAGAGAGAACCAAGGCCCGUCCAUCCUUCUUUAUAUGUACGUACUUACCCAGCCUGUUGAGCCAACCAGCCGCAGAAGGACGAAAGAAUGAGCUACCAGCAAAUCCCUCCGAGGGGCUCCUACCCUCCACCAGGAUACGCACAACCCUACCCACCUCCGCCAUAUGGAUCUCAACCUUAUCCUCGACCUCCACCACCCCAAGGAGUCUACCCUCCUCCCCCACCGCCGGGGUACCAGGGCUACUUCCAUGAUGGGUAUCCUCCUCCGCCUCCGCCUCCUCCAUCUCAGCCCUACUACCACAGCCAUGAUGAUGGUGCUUCCUGUUCCUCCUUCAUACGUGGAUGCUUAGCUGCUCUUUGCUGCUGUUGUGUGUUGGAAGAGUGCUGCUUCUAAGAAACCUUAAUGUGUAACAUGGAAAUAAUCUGCAUUGUGCUCUAUAAUUGCCACUGAUGUUGUCUAUUGCUGCUUACAGCUUAAGGUCUUAGGAGGUUGUAGCAUUACUCAACAGUGACUGUUUUUCUUCCUAUAUUUCUCAUCUUGACCCUGUAUCAUGGUGGCCGUGGAUUGUGUAUAGUAUAAGAUCUUUGGAACUUAAGGCUUAUUUGCACCAAUCAAAGCUAUUCAUUCCAUAAAAGCA